AGUGAGCGCAGACUGCCAGCAGAUGGCAGCGGAGAUACAUAAGCGGUUCAUAAAGUCAUUUUCAUUUUGCUUCCUGAGGAGGUUUGGUCCGUGCAGGAACCUGUAAGGCACAGGAUUUGAAAAGUCGGAAGCCGCUCAGAACUCGAAAUAUUAGUGGAGGCCAGAUUUUGGACACUGAGAACAGAUCAUGGACUCAAUCUCUCUCUGGAUUUCAAACAAAAUUGAUUUUAUACGAUACUUGAUUGUGGGUUUCCCAGAGGCAGAGAAUGACUUUCCGCCCCCUUGGUCCAUGAGGUCUCCAUUCCCAACGUGGAAUAUUUACUCCAAGGCUUUCCUCUCCGCCUCCCUUAUGUGUUAUAUUGUGGCUUUCUCCAUGGGCUUAUGGCAAGGGUCAAAACACUGUACAAAGGGUGUGGUCAGGAGAACGUCUGUCCCAGUGUUACAUGCCCCGGCAGGGUGGCACCGCCCUCUACUGGCCACUUGGAAUCAAAUGUUCACUCUCUUCAUCAUCCUCUGCCUGUUCAUUUCAGUCCCGUGGGAAUGGGUGCGCUUGUAUCAGAUGGAAGUGGCCAAGAAAACAUCCGUUCUCAGUGAGGGAUACAGGAGGCAAUGCGAUGGGCAAGACCUUUCCCUCUGGGAAACAAUCAGAGUUUUACUUUCUUGGAAUUUUUCCUGGGCCAGCAACUCCUGUGAGGAUUACUACAAAGCCAUCAUCGUUGAUCCAUUCUGGGAAGUGACGCCUCUCAUGGCUAUUGGCUCUGCGGUCACCAGAACCACCAUCCAUCCACUGGAGCUCCUCAGCCACGUUCUAGGUCGGAGUCUCCGUAACAUCAUGAAAGAGAUUCCCAGUCAAUGGCAGUUGCCCGUCUUCCUUUUGUUUCCACUGACACUUCUGACACUUCUGUUUACCAUUUAUUUGGGAAGAAACCGGACAAUCCAGGUAACAUGUCAAGCAUCGACCAUGAAGACCAGGUCAAAGAGCAUUAAAGCUUCCUAAGAUCACGUUACACCACAUUGUUGGACAUGGGAAGUAAAGUGGCCUCUUGCACCUUUUUGUGCUUGAUGAGAACACUCACAUUUGUUAACAAACAAUGAACAUCAUGAAAACCAGAUUUCUCACCAUAAUUUCUUAUCCCUAACGGUCAAUUCUGUGGUCUUCAGGGACAAGAAAACCCAUUGCUGAUAUAGAGAUGUUCAGCAUGAUUGACUGAAUGGAACAUGUUCAUUCACUUUUAGGGUAAAAAUAAUAAUCUCAUAGGGUUUUCAUGGAAUCUCAGUGUCUUAACACUACAUAUAAAGAUGGGUCUCCUCAGUGGCAUAAAUAGCUAUACAGCAGACCCCGCCAUUGUGUGUGGGGGGGAGCCCGGGCAACAUGGGGGCCCAGACUGCUGAGUCUCACCAGCCCUUCUCAUACCUUUAGUACGGUGGCACAAAGAUCCUACCUGACAGGGACAGGAGGGGGACCUGGGGAGGAGGGACUAUUUGCACCCCUCAGAAGCCCCCCAUUUACAGGAGGGCUUAUCGAACCAAGUUACAAUAAUGAUUCAGUAUUUAAUCAUGUUUUUUUUUUUGUUUUUUUUUGCAGUUCUUGCUCUUAGAUUUUGUAUUUUAAUAAAAACAAUGUAUU